GUUGGCCUACUCCACUUGUCUGCUGUACAGUACACGCAGGAGCUUCGCCAUGCACUAUGCGGGGAUUUUUUAAAUAGCACUGUUUAAGAAUUAACAGAAAUUAGUUGUUUUUUCCUUAAAGUUUAGGCCAAUCAUGGGUUUCAACACAAGACAAACAAAAAUGAAGAAGGGAAAUCUCAGACAUGCAAUAACGCAACAAAAGUACCUUCAUGCAAACAAACCUAAGUCUAACAAACCCAAGUUCAGAAGGACAUUGUCUCAACGUUAUAAAAAGUCAAGAAGAGCAAGAAAGAAGAAAAGUGGAAACAUUUCAAGCGAUGGUUACUCGUCAAUGAGUGAUACAUCAUUGAUCUUAAGCACAUCAUCAAACCUGUUUCGCUUGGUGACACCACAGUUCCCAACAGCUAAUGCUCCACUGGGUUGUAGUGAGACUACAAUACUUGCCAUAUGUUCCGACUACAGUUCCAUGCAGUCAUCAAUCCUUCAGGAUCACAGAACAUCCUCUGACAACUGUGAGCAAACUGAGGGUGAAACAUCUAGCCUUUGUGUGGAAUCUGAGGACUCAAGCCCAUUCAAAGCUCAUAAUUACCAGCUUAAUUUUUAUGAGCAACGCGUCAUUAAAAAUACAGAACUGGCAAAAAUUUUGAGUGAACUUAACCCACCAGAACCGUAUGAAACUGAGCAUAAAAGUCUUAAUUGGGAAGAGGAGAGCAGCUUGGUCAACCAUUUGAGAAACCCUGAGGAAGUACAAGAUAGUCAAACACAAGCAGUCUUAACGCCAAACCUAACUUCUAGUAGGAAACGCUCAAUAUCUUCAAGCCAUGAACUGUCUGAAGGAUAUAUGUCAUGUCCAUCCACACAAGAUAGCCAGCGUGCUGGGCUGCUUGAACAGCGAGAGAAGACAUCUCUCUGUCUGACACAUCUCCUUGAAACUUUAAAUAACACAAGUGAUCUUCAUGACAUUGAUAAUUCAGAAGAAACACAAUUGAAAGGCUAUUUGUCUGAUGAAUCAGCUGAGCAGAAUCUGGCUGAGGAAGAUACUGCACCAGCAGCAGCACAGGCUGCAUCCAGCUUUGCAGAAUAUCUAAAUAAUGGAACCAGAUUUGUCCCAUCUACUGAGACAUGUGCAGCUCUUGAAAGCAGAAAUGACCCAUCUAUGCUUGAGCUGUACAUUUCUGGAGCAACGGCUGAGCUGUGUGACCAGUCAUUAGAUUUGACAGACAUUUCAGAAAGUAGGCUUGCAGGCUCACAUAUUGAACAACCAGAGUUCAGCACACCACAGCUUAUCCAACCUGGGUCAGCGAGAAAUGAGCUUCAAACAAAUUUUGUACCACAAGCUCUGGUUGUGCAUGAGAUUUACCAGAAUGUUUCAGAUGUGGCUAUUGACUUGACGCAGGCAGAUGCUAACUUUUUCUUGGUCCAAGAACUGCUGCCUUCAGAUAUUGGAGUCGCUCUUGAAACUGAUAUUGAUGUUCAUGACACAUGUAUUGAUAUCCGUCAAGCUAGAGCACAGAGACGUUCACAGUAAAUUCCUUGAGAGGUGACAGAAACACAUGGCUUUCCUUGAAGCAGACCUCAACAAGGAUUUUUUUUUAAAGGACCAACAAAUCAUUUUUUUAUUGAAAAAUCUUAACUAUUCAUUAAUAGUAGGGUAGACUUAUUUAUUGUGAUAUUUUAGUACUUACCUCUAAAUCCAGCAAAAUUGGGACCAAUACAAUUCAUAUGUUGCAUCAACAUAAGCUUAACCUACUUGAAAGUCAGCUUGUUUUUUCUUUAUGAAAUAGACAUGAGGAUAUAAGAUAUUUUGACAGUUGCGCUAUUUCAUGAAAGUCUACAAGACAGUUUUUUUUUCUUUUAUUUCUUAUUGUAAUACCUUAUGGUCUUGAGUAAUAUUUGAUGAAAUGGUUUUUAUUUAUAUAACUUGUGUAUUUUGGCACUUAAGUCUAUAGUAUGCAGAUAGUAACUCUGUAGGACACAGAAAAAGUUACUCUUACUGUGCUCUACUGUUAUGCUCUGUUGCAGGGGUGUGCUGUUGCUGAUUGUCAGAAGACAACAUCCCAAAGAAAAAAAUGUUAUUCUUUUUAAAUUAAUUGAAACAUGCAUUUAAUUAAGUCCUUAAACAACAAACACACUAUUACAUUACAAUAACAGCCACUACUAGUUAAUUAAAUAAAGAACACACAAGAAAUUGAAAAUUAAAUGUAUAAUAAACUUGCACUACAAAACAUCAAUCUUUUUAUAGGGAUCAUUUUUGUUAGAAAAGAAAAUUCUUAAUUCAUAUUUACUUCCUGUUUCCUUUCAUUGAAAUAGAUAAAUAUUUUAUUUUUUUGGGAAUCACACUGUUAGGUCCUCUGACAAUAGACACAGACCUCUUUCACAGAGAGCAUAACUUAACUAUAGAAGGCAUUGUAAGGUGAUUUGUAUGCUAUCAGAUACAACUGUUUUACUGCUAUUACUUGAAGCGGGCUUACACACGUAGAUCACUGGUUACAUUCAAUUAAUGAGCGGGAAAUAAAAUCUUCUGUGAUUGGAACUCAUUAAUGAAUUGAUCAUAUGAGUCCUGUUAUUAAGCAACAAGCCAGUGUAACUGAAGCCAUGCACAGAGCAACGACAGUUUGUCAACUCUUAUCAUAUGGGUAGUCCUUUUCACACUUGUCCUUUGUUUUAUAAAGGAAAGUGUUACCUUGUAACGGCCAUCAUGAUGAGAAUCAUAAUGGCUGAGGUUUUGUAAAAAUGCCACUAUAGUAGAUAAGCUAAGAGUAACUUUUUUAGCUGUUUUACAUAAUUAUUUUUGUGUUAAUUACCUGAUGUUUUAAACUUGGCUGUGAUCACCAUAAAAUUGAUAGAUAGGAAUGGAAAUAAAAAUGUGUAUUCAAUUAUUUUACAAUAUCCUAUAAAUAUUCUGUGUACCUAUUUUAAAGUUAGCUGUACACUGAUUCUGCACAUCAAGACGACCACUUAAAAUGAUGUCAUUUUAACAAUUUCAGGCCAUAGAACUUUAUUUUAAAAUAAAUGCAGAGCAGUAUGUUUAUGUAAAAUGGUUGAAGUAAUAGCGUUUAAAUAUAACUUGAAAAACUUUGAAAAAAAAAUCACUUUGGACUUUUAAACAUUUUCUGUUUUAUCGUUUGUAAAUAAAACCUUUUUUUUUAAAUUGGUUAUUGAGAGAAAUGUGUUAAUUUAGUAUCACUUACCAUAUUAAAAUUGUAUAUUUUAAGAACGGAAAUUAUUUUAAUUAAAUCUUAAGAAGCUUUUUUUUAAAGCUUUGGUUGGUGAUGGAAACUUCAGUACACAGUAAAGUUUUACACCAAGACCUCAAUAUUUUAAAUUUUAAGCCACAUUUAACCUGUAAUUUUAUAAAUUCUUAAAGGUUUUUUUUUAAGUUAACUUUUGAUGAGGGGGAGGUGAUUAAUAUUUAUAAAAAUUUUCUUUUAUUAUAUUUAUUAUAUUCAGACAUUUAUGCAGCUUUCUAUUACUUGUCCAUCAUUUUAUAUAUAUAAAACAAUUUCUAUAUUAAAUGCUUAAUUUAAGCCCUAUAUUCAUUAUUAUUUUUAAGCACCAUUGUCAAGAUUUGUACUGUUUUGCAAAUACUUUUUUUUUAUUACCAAUCGGCUAUAGCCAGAGAGUAGAGAGGAUUUUAACAUUUUUAAAUAAAAACA